AUGAGUGCCACACUACAACGACAAACCUUUAAAAUCCCUACUUCUGAACAUAAAGGAUGCUCGAGAAAACGGUUUUACUUUGAAACCGACGAACCUUCCUAUAAUGUGAAUAAGCGAGUCAAGACUCCUCACUUGGUUAACAGUGUUCAUUCGUCCACGCUACCAUUUUCAACUUUUCGUUAUCAUGGUAGUGACAAAAAAUUAGUGUCAUUAUUUGCAUCUAAUAAUAUUGACCUCAAAGAGAACCAAGUCGAUGUAGAAUCCGAAUCCUAUUCAGAAACCUCUCGUAUUAUCGAUCUUUCUACAGGCGAGUCUCUGAAACCUAUUUCAAACGUGGAACAAGAACGACAAAAAUUAAAACGCCCAAUCGAAUUUGUCGAAAACGAUAAUGAGGACUUUUCUUCUACUGAGUGUUUAAAUAUAGACGAAGUCAACACCAAUUUUUAUAAAAAAAUUAAAACUUCAGAAACUCCAACUGAAAAUUAUAUAGAAGAUAUAGAGGAAGAUAAUCCAAAAUUAAUUGAACACACCGUUGAUACAGUUCAAGAAUUUAAAAACUGUGUCACAACUCGUCCUUCAACUUUCAAUAUUUCUAAUACUUCAAUGAUAAUUAAAGGGAAAAAUUCAACAAAGAUCGAGUUUACCGCACAAUAUCAAGAAGCAUUCAAUAAGUACAUGCGAUCACAGCUUGAAAAUGUAAAAAAUGAUGAUCAAAACGUUUAUGGGAAAGAAAUGAUUUUAUAUCGCCAAAACAAUGAUGGAUAUAUUGUUAAAGAUGAUGAUAAUGGUAAUUCAGACGAUUAUACGAUUGAUUCUAAAGGAAAGAUUUUUGAAAUCGAAGAUGACAAUGACAUUCAAAUGUUUGAUACGGAUGAGACUAAUACUAACUACCCAGAUGUCGAUCUUUCAUUUGAUGAGGGUGGCCAAAGUCUUGAUGAGGAUGACAAAAUGGACAUUGAUGAAUAA